UUAGAAGAAAUUGUGUUUCCCAAAUGAAUUCCAAUGACUAUUUAGAUCAAGACUUAAAAGAAAUAAAAAUCGAAGAAAAAGAAUUAGUGAGUGUGAAAGAGGAGAUUAUUUCUACUGGUAUUGAAGAGUAUGAAACAAAUAAUUACUUGGAGGAAACAGAAAACCAUAUAAAGGAGGAAUUUGAACAUUUACCAGUUAAUGAAUCAGGUGAAAGUCUAGUUAACAGUACAAGUGAAAACAAAAAAAAACGUAAAACCACAUCGAAGUUACAUUAUUUAUGUGAUAUUUGUGGUAAGAAAUUUACCAGAAAGCCUAAUUUAUUGAUUCACAAAAGAAUUCACACGGGAGAAAAGCCAUACUCAUGCACUGAUUGUCAAAAAUUGUUUGCAAGAAAAGAACAUUUAGCACUUCAUAGGAGAGUUCAUACUGGAGAAAAACCUUAUCCAUGUACAGCAUGUGGGAAAUUAUUUAAGAGAAAGUACCAUUUGGAUACCCAUGUUAGAAUUCAUACUGGGGAAAGACCUUAUGUAUGUACUAUUUGUAACAGGGGAUUUACUCAAAAACAAGGUUUAACUCAUCACUUGUUGAUUCACACUGGUGAAAAGAACUUUUCCUGUGAAAUUUGCAAAAAAGACUUUACCUUAAGAAAUGACUUGACACUGCAUCUUCGAACUCAUUCUAAAGAAAAACCAUUUUCUUGUAACAUUUGUGGUAAGGGGUUUAUUAGGAAAGAAAGAUUAAAGGAGCACCUGUUAACCCAUGGUGAUGAUAAGCCAUUUUCUUGUGACAUAUGCGAAAAAAAGUUCUUAAAGAAAGAAUAUUUACAAUUGCAUCUUAGACUUCAUGGUGAGACAAAACCAUUUGUUUGUCAAUUUUGCCAGAAAGCAUUUGUUAGAAGAAGUAUAUUGAAUAAUCACCUUCGUAUCCAUUUGAUGGAUAAGAAAUUUGUAUGUGAAAUUUGCCAAAAAGAAUUUAUUCACAAACAGAAUUUAGAAUCUCACAUGUACCUUCAUUCCGAAAAAAAACCAUUUUCUUGCGAAGUGUGUGGAAAAGGAUUUACUCGUAAGCAUCAUUUCGCUGCCCACUUACUCAUUCACACAGGGGAAAGACCCCACACUUGUCCAGUUUGUCGAAUGCAGUUUACAAGGAGACACAUUUUAAACUCUCAUCUAAGAAAACACACAGGAGAAAGACCUUUUGUUUGUGAAAUUUGUAAAAAAUCUUUUGCCCUAAAGCAAACAUUAACAAGCCAUUACAGGACUCAUUCUGGAGAAAAACCGUUUUCUUGUCAUGUAUGCCAGAAAGGAUACAGCAAAAAAGAAUAUUUAGAAAAUCAUAUAAAAAAAGUUCAUAAAUAACAGGCUGAUAA